UUUUCACUGCAGACUCUUUCAGGAAACGACAGACUGUAGGCUUUAUUGUUUGCUAAAGGAAUAACCACUCUGAGAAAUUGCGUUGUGGUCAAGUCAACAGUUGAAAUGCGGUUUAUUUACAGUUAACAAUUAGAUUAGUUGCCAAUACAUUUUAGCUUAUAGUGAAAGAAAUUUGUGAAAACGAAAGCGAAAGGUUAAGCGAGUAGGCUAAAUUCAAGAAUCAACUGUCCGUUGCUGUCGAAGAUGCGUUAUCUUUGGUCAUAUUUUGCUAUUCUGUGACCUACCAAUGACAAUCCUUUGACCAGAUACAAACGAUCAGCUAUUAGUUAUGUUUAUCAUCUUCAUGAUAGGAUGCUUGGUGCCAUCCGCAUACGCUCUUGAUGGCGCGGAUGUGGUGCUGUCCUGCUCCUUCGUGGAGGAGGGAGGGGGAAUGAUGGGGGGUAUGGGCGGAGGGGGGCUCUUCAGCCGCACUCCUGCAACGCUGGUCCUCAGGGACCUUCCUGUGGAUCCCGACUCCGACUCCGCUCUGGACUCCGUGACCCCCUUUGAUCCGCCGGAGCAGCCCAGCGCGGAUGACCUCAUCUUCGAAGUGAAAGGCUCUUCAGUGGAGAUCCCAGAUGCGGAGACCCUUCUCCAUGCUGACUGUAACGAACAGGAAGUGAACUGCGAGAUCAGUCGCUACAUCCCCCGUGGCUCGGACCCUGAUGCUCCGCCCUCUCACUUCAUUGGCUCCCUGCAGGUGGAGGGGGGUGGCAUCAGCCUCACCAUGGUCCUGCAGGUUUUAACCAAUGAGGAGGCUACAUCUGAAACUGUGCCUCUGAUACAAAGCAAGCUGGAAAUCCCUCUUAGCCAAUCAGGGACUCUGCUCACUGAGGUUGCGUUCGUGGUGUUCUCUCGCUCGCCAUCCCUCUCGGCUCCACUGGGGGGCGACGCUCAGCUGGACUGUGGCUUCAGGCAGCAGGACUCCUCCCCCGUGGGUGAGCUCGGGCUUGAGUGGCGGCUGCAGCACAGAGGAAAUGGUCGUAAAGUCCUGGAGAUGAGCACAGUUGCAGAGGGGGAGGGGGAGGGGGCGGGGCCCACUGUGUCUCCUGGGCGGGACGGGGCUAGCGUGGAUCCUGCGCUAGCGGUGGAAGAGGGUAACGUGUCUAUGAGCCUCACAAAGCUCAAAGUGGUCGAUGAAGGAACAUACAUUUGUACCGUCACUUCUGGAACAUUCCAAACCCAACAGAUUGUCCAGCUACACAUUGCCCAGCCUCCGACAGUUUCUCUCUCUGAGGAGAUGGUGGUAUAUCAAGAUGAGCCGGCCCAGAAACUCAGCUGCCACUGCAAGAGCUACUACCCUCUUGAUGUGCAGGUCGAGUGGCUGUCACUCAGCUCCUCGGAGGCAGAGCCCAUCGAGAUCACGGACGGGGCGUCCAUGACCAGCCACAGGCAACACUCCGACGGAACUUACUCCGUCACCGCCCACCUGAUGCUCCGCCUCUCGGCACACCCACCUGGGACCUCCGUCACUUGCAGGGUUGGCCAUCAGGCCCAGAGGUCGGAGGUCGACGUCAGCACCACUGUUCGCCUCGCCCCUGAGACAGAUGACAGCCUCUACUCCAUCAUCGUGUCAGUGCUGGUGGUGAUUGUGGGAACCGUCUUUUUUUACCAAGUGAUGGGAGGAGCAAACUGAGUUUUGACUGAAUGCACUGAAGAUGAAAUGCAUAUACUGCAACAAAGCUCUGAAAAAAAAAUAUUUUAAUGUUCUAAGAAGCAGAGGUGGAAAAGUCCAGCUUCAGAGAGUAAAAGUCCUACCGCAUAUCUGUGCCAACCAUUCAUUUAAACCAGUUGAUUCUAAUUAGCACAACUCUUAAGCUAGGUAUAGAGCAGCUAAUUAGUGAGAUCACCUGAAUUAACUGCACAGGCAGAACCAAUACAUGGUUGGAUUUUUACUCUCUGAAGCUGGACUUUCCCACCUCUGCUAAGAAGUGCUGCAAUGUUUCAUGUCAAUUAGAAAUAAUUUGGUACGUGUAGUAAGAUUACUGUGACUGUCAUAUCUGUGAGUGAAGGGUAAAUGAAGAGAGGGGGAGAGCCAUGAUGGCAGAUGUUACACAUGGGAAAGGUUUUGCUGUGCUGCUGCCUCAGUGUUUAUGAUGAGGUUUCAGGUCGUACGAAUAUCACUGGGCCUUAAAGCCCAUUGAAGCACUUAAGCCCAUUUUCUGGUGCUCCAAGCGGUUUCAAAGCUAACACAUUUUUGUCACAUACAGAAAACAUCACCUCACCGUUUGUUAGCUGCCUGUGCCCUGAGUAAACUGUAAAAAAUCGCUGUUUCUGUGGACAGCCCAGGCAACAAAAACACCCUGGUCCAGCCUGGACCAUGAUACAUAGCAAACUGCUCCAGCCAAUCACCAAUGAGAUGGGCAUUCAGGAGAGUUUCAACGUGCACGGGAAGGCGCAGCAAGCUAGCUCUCUGUUUUGUGUGAAGGCCAACAGAAGUGAUGUUAACCAGCAUCGCUUAGACCACCUUUAAUGAUAUGGACAUGUCGGUUAUCUUCAACUAUGUUCCUCUUUGUGCAGAGGAGAGUGUUUGGACUGUGACUGUAUGUAAUGUCUGUAAUUCUUGAAAGAAGACCAUACUUGAAGAUGACUUGACAAUGUCCUGCAAGGGUCAAAGAUACAUAGUCAUAAAACCUAAAACGUUCAAAUAAAUACUAUGGCAGCUGCACUGUAACAUUUGUCAGAAACAAAAAUUACUUUCCAUUGAUGGGUUGACCCAGAGCUUUUGGUUUGAUUGUCUAUUAUUGUCCCGUUAUGGACUCUCUUUCCCAGAAUGCACCUCAGUCCGUAGCAUAUUAGGAUGUGUUGAAAAAGGAGUUUGCGACUACUAUUUUUUUGUACGUGACUUUUUACGAUAUCUUGUGAUGUGUAUAUUUUUUUUGAGUAAUCCCACAUCGUGCCCACAGGGGUAGAAUUUGUGUCUAGUCUUGUGGGCACAAUGUGCACUAAGAAGAUGUGUAAUGUUGUAAUGUCUGCGUUGUUGUAACUGGUGUGAUGAAGUCAGUCAGUACAAAUACAUAUGCAGUGUUGGUUAUUUAAGAUCUACAAAUAACUUACUGGAAACGUCUACUUUAAUUUAUGCUUUUCAUCACCCUUUUCCCACAGCAGUGUAAAUUCUGGUUGAUUUGAAUAAAACUAUCAUCUGACAUUUAUGUAAGGGAUAAUCAACGACGCGCCGUGCGUUUAUAGGAAAAUAAUGCACGUUCGAAGUGGUAAUAAGGACCCGACGCCGCAGGCGGAGGGGACUUUACACUUCGAUAAGUGCAUUAUUUUCCUAUAAACGCACAGGGCGCGGAGUUGAUUAUCCCGCUUAUACCACUGCUACUAUCAGUUUUGUUUAUAUUGCCGCUGUCUUAGAUACAACAUUGCUGUUUUUACCGUUACAUUCACAUUGGCGAAUUAAUAUUCAAGUGUAAUAAGCCCAAAAGAAGGGAACUACUUCAUAGCCGUGCGGUAUAUAGAAAAAUAAUGCACGUUCCAAAUAGCGCAUCACAAUAGGAAAUUUGACCAAGCAGUGGUAUAAGAGACAUUUAUGUUUUUGUUGAAAUGACAAAUGGCCUUCUAAUAUGCCAAAUGAUAGCCUGCUACAGUAUGUUAUGAUCACAAUAA